AUGCUCAUGUCACCGAGCUCAAGAAAACACCUGUAGCAGGCAGGGGAGGAGCCCAGUGCAGACAGGCAACCGCUAGCCGGAUCAGAGACGGAGCACCAUGAAUGCGUGAGGCAGCUCGGAGCAGCAGAAGGAGGGCGAGGUGACCGGCAGGCUGAUCCGGCACGGCCGAGGCGUCCCUACUGGCAGUCAGUAUGCUCUUUCAGCUACUCUCAGAGAAAGAACCAGAAAGCAUAACAGGAAACAGGAGGAUCCAAAGGAAUUAGUGAGAAGAGCCUUUUAUAAAGGUGUUUGCAGCUUGUCUCUCUUAAUCUUUGCUGGUGAUGGAACUCCAACUCAAGCUGUAGCCUCAACUGAUUUCUGGGACAGUGACCGUCAAGGAUUAAAUUUCACGCGAAAGAAACCUAGGGCGGUAAUCUCUGUGGGAUCUGCCGGUGCUGGCCCUGCCACCGCAAACGUACGCCGCUGUUAUGGACUGGCUCGUUUCCAGCCCAGCCGCACCGUGACUCUUGUGAGAACUGGAAUCGCCAAAAGGCAUCAGCCUGAUCGUCAGCUGAGCCGGAGUCAUGUCCAACUCCCAGGAGCAGAGCCUGGACGAGAAUGCAGUUUUUGCUCCGGUUCCAGAGACUAGCCCCGAGUUCUUCCACUGCGAGAAGGAGCGGUAUGCACUGGAGAGCCUGCUAAGCAUGGGGCCCGGAGCCUUUUAUACUCAGCUGGAAAAAGAGCACCUAGACCCCUUCCUGUCUCGGCAGGAAGUGGAGCAACUCAGUGCUUGGACCCAGGACUACAGCAGCAGCAAUGAGGGUGUGGAACCUUCAGAGGAUAAGGGAGCGACUCCUGAUGAGCUCAGCCCAGGAGUGGAUGACCUCUCCAUGUGCUACUGGCCCACAUUCUCCGACACCAUACCGCCCGAUCUGGAGCUCGGCUGGCCAGAUGGAGAUUCCUGGGCCCAACCGGGCGGCGUUCAUAUCUACACCAACCCCCCCUUGCCACAGACCCCCCCCAUACGGGAGGUGAUCAGGAGGUUAAUACAGGGAGCUCGCAAGGUCAUCGCCAUAGUAACGGACAGACUGACCGACAGCCUCAUAAUAAGUGAUUUGUGCAUUGCCGCAUCUCGCGGUGUCCCAGUGUACAUCAUCUUGAACCACAGGUCUGCCCAGGACACAGACCCCCCCCACAAGCUGAGACACCCGAACAUACGAGUUCGCAUUCUGGAGGGCAGGUCGUUCUGCUCACGUGAAGGCAAGAUGGUUACUGGCGAGCUGAGAGAGACUUUCUUCAUGUUCGACUUAGAGGCAGUGAUGUUAGGGAGUUACAGUCCCACGUGGAGCGAUGCCCAUUUACACCGGCAGCUAGUAGUGCUCCUGACAGGCCCAGUGGUGAUAUCUUUUGACCAGGAGUUCCGGAUCCUGUAUGCAGCGUCACUACCUGUCCCAGACACCUUGUUGGUGGCCCCACCCCAGAAGAAGAGAACAUCUGACAGGACAUGUCCCCAGUACAAACCUCACAACCAACUGAAUGGACUCUCGCCAAUAUGUGACAUGACCAGCCCCCCUCCCUCAGACUUUAUUAUGGACUGGGACAGCCUUGGGUUGACCAAUUACAAGUUUUCAAUCGACGAAGCUGUCAGUCCACCUUGGCAGUGGAGGGAUCCCUCACUUGGUCCGCCCCCGUUAGGUGACAAAAAUUUGUCAGUCCAGAGGAGGCUUCAGAGAAGCGGGGCACACUUAUGGAUGGACCAGCGCAAGGUCCAUCACGAGUCCCUCUGCAGGCGGACCAAUCAGCUGUCCAGUGAGAAAAAGGAGACCACUCCCAGAGAAGAGUUCCUCUCCCGAUCGACCAAUCAAAGAGCAAACAAUGAAGAAGGUUUACCCAUGAGUCACAGGAAAGGGAGUUUUCUCGAGCAGGGGCUGAACUUCGAGUUUGACAUCAGCUCUGGAGUGAGCAAACGGGUCCCCAAGAAGGCGCUGAUACUCAGCGUGGCAGAGAACAGGUCUUACAGCAGAAUCAGUGAUGUCCUGAAGACUCUGCAGGGGCAGGGUAGGUGCUUCACUCAGCAAGUGGACACCACUAGAACACCACUCCCUGGGAUCAACACAUUUCAGCUCGACCAAAACCUUCAAGAGGAGUUCCCUCCAGAUAAUCAGCCGAAAACCAAUUCUCACACCACGGGACAUGUGACCCCAGCCCAGUCCCUAAUGAGGCAUCGCACUGUGGAGAUCAGGCCUGGGGUCAGCAGGGCCCCCAGGACUUUCCUGGAUGGAGGCAGGCCCCGCAGCUCCAGCAUAACCCUCCCACGGGAGCGAUGGAAGUUCCUGGACGGCCUGAAGCAUGACACCGAGAAGUGACCAUAGACUUCGGAAAUAAACUUAUCGGAUAAUGUUUUUUUGCAAUUGGCGGCAGUCUGAAAGAGGAGAAGACUUCCCAGUUAUAAAACUGUUUAAAAGAAAAUAGACCGAGCUGGAAUGCUUAAUGUGUCAUUCAUAGAAUGCUAACGUAACAUUUGUAAGGAAUGAGGGAAGUAAGAAAUUAUAAUGACACUACAACAGAAAAUGCACUUGGAAAUAUCUGACACUGCCUGGAAAAAAAAACUGAACUCACGCAACCACCAACCCAGUAUGUUUCUUUGGAAAUGUUUUGUUCAAACAACUUCAUUCUCAAGUUGCACUCCAUACAUGGAGAUCUUAUACUCUUGCUUAACAAAAACCAGUUGUCUGUCCCUUGAGACCUGGAAACAUAUGCAAACUAACCACUUCAUACUGCCGCAACAGAAUUCUCUCUUUGAGCACAAUUCUCUUUGAGAUUUGAGACCUUCCUAGGGACUCUGCUGGGGGCACUUUGAUUCUCAUUUCCAUAGGUCCAUAAGUCAAUGUCUAACCCAUCACCACUUCUGAGUACUGCAAACAAGACUAACAUCUCACAUGAGAUAAAAGAAAAACAUUGCAAAAAUGAUCUGCUUUAAUGAAUUUGGUCAACGGCAACAUGAUACAGUUAUUCUCUUUGCUUUGUCAUAGUGCUCUGAGUUAUGAUUGUUGUUGAAGUUAUGCCACGAUAUUAUCAUCAGUGAACAAAGAUAUCAAACUCAACCAUUUUGGCAAGGAAUUCUACUAUUCCAGGAAUGUAGGCAGCAUCAGCACCAAAGGUCACCUUCUACUAGACAUCAAGUUCUGCAUCCUUCAAAUGACAAUAAUGCUGCUUAUUUUGAAUAGUUCAGGUUACAUUCUGUUUCAAUCUUAAUAAUACAAAAAACAAAAACAAAUUAAAGACCCCUAAAUCAUUAAA